GUAACUCGCACCUAGGCCAAAGCUUUUUUAACCGUCCGCGUCCUCUCUCGUUCUUCAGCAAGAAAAGAGAGGACAGAGACGCGAAAGCCACCGACCUCACUCACUUCUGUCAGCUGUCAGACCUCUCUCUCCAUCUCUCCAUCUCUUCAUCUCUCUUACUCGUACAAAUAUCAAUUUCGUAUUUCUGAUGUUCGACGCAUAUUGUUAGGUGCAUCUCUCUCUAAUCAGCCGACCCCAACUGUCCAAUUCCACAAGCAAAUCACAGAGACAGACAGCACAAUUAACUGGGCUUUAACGUCGAAUUGAUCUCAGCCAUCCAUCAGAUCUGAGACUCUGAUCCCUUCCAAACAACUCACCUUCUGGUUCUCUGAUUGCCCAUUUAUCGGUUUCUGUCACUCUCAGUUGAAGUUCGAUCGGAGGCAAAUAAGAUGGGGGAAGGCGAGAGGUUUCAGCUGGGGACAGUGGGAGCGUUAACCCUCUCUGUGAUCUCAUCGGUCUCCAUUGUCAUUUGCAACAAGGCCCUCAUCAGUUCUUUGGGUUUCACUUUUGCCACAACUUUGACAAGCUGGCAUCUUUUAGUCACCUUUUGUUCCCUUCACGUGGCUUUAAAGAUGAAAUUCUUUGAACACAAACCCCUCGAUCAAACGACUGUUACGGGAUUUGGCAUUCUGAAUGGAAUCUCAAUUGGACUGUUAAAUCUGAGCCUGGGCUUCAAUUCGGUUGGCUUUUAUCAGAUGACUAAGCUGGCAAUCAUCCCAUGCACUGUACUAUUGGAGACCCUUUUCCUCGCGAAGAAAUUCAGUAGGAGCAUUCAGAUUGCCCUCCUUAUUCUCCUCAUUGGUGUUGGGAUUGCAACAGUCACUGAUGUUCAACUUAAUGCUCUUGGAAGUAUCUUGUCUCUUCUUGCAGUUAUUACAACAUGCGUUGCUCAAAUUAUGACCAAUACCAUCCAGAAGAAGUUUAAGGUUUCUUCAACGCAACUCCUGUAUCAAUCAUGUCCAUAUCAGGCAGGAACUUUAUUAAUCACUGGCCCGUUUCUGGAUUGGUUCUUGACAAAUCAAAAUGUAUUUGCUUUCAAGUAUACAAAUCAAGUGCUGGUUUUCAUAAUUAUGUCCUGCCUGAUCUCUGUCUCGGUAAAUUUUAGCACAUUUCUUGUAAUUGGAAAGACAUCUCCUGUCACCUAUCAAGUUCUUGGACAUCUAAAGACAUGCCUUGUGCUCGCAUUUGGUUAUAUUUUGCUUCAUGAUCCAUUUGACUGGAGGAACAUCCUCGGAAUUUUCGUCGCACUUGCUGGGAUGGUUUUAUAUUCAUACUUUUGCACUCGUGAGGGUCAGAAAAAGGUUGCUGAAGAAGCAACGCAGCCAGCACAGGCAGGGGAAGGUGAGUCGGAUCCUCUAGUGGCCGUGGAAACUGGAAGCGGGGUAGGAACUGAUUCCGCUCCCCAAAUUGGUCCUGUAUGGAAGUCGAACAAAGAUUUGCAUGCGUGAUGGCAACCACUCAGUCGUCCAUUUGCACACGUGAUAGAACUAAUAGCAGCAUAUAGAGCUGUUAGAGAGCAAUGACAAUAUUAUUGGUGUAAAAAUUCUUCACCCUUCUGUCUCCGGUUCGAACGGGUGUCGGUCCCGCCCUUUCUUCGUUCAGUGUUCGUGUUCGUGUUCGUGUUGAUUACGAAUUACAUUAAGUUGAUACAUCGAAAAUUAGUUCAAGUGAGGGAUGCAUAUAAUAUAAUGGAAUAUUGUUACUAA